AUUCGAGCCGGGUUAAGCCGUGCUGUCAGAUCGCGCACACUUGAAAUAAGCUCUCUUUCCUCUUGAUCGUCGACGCGACCGGACGUGCUUAUCGUGUGAGCAACAUCUGCGCUUUUUUUGGUGAUCAUUUUGGGAAAAACCCUCGCGUGCAUCGACAAACCACCGCAAAACUUUGUCCGACCGUCUCUUCUAUUAGUGCGGACCCGAACCAGGCUCUGAAGUGGAUCCGAACCAGACCGUGUGUGGCCUCAUAUAACGUAAAAAAAUCCAAUAUGGCGACCUUUCAAGUUCUAAGACACCACCUCUCUAUUUGAUACGGCAUUGACGUUCGCAAGUGCGUAAUAACAGGAAUGAUCAUGUGCUACCAAUUAUCACCAUCAUCAUCAGAUGCAGAUAGGCAACAACAGCAGCAUCCGGUACAUCAUGUACCGCCGGUGCAAGUACCUCGAAAAUUGUCCUUCUUUCUCUGCGUUGGUCCUUCUGCUAGCACGCGUGCUAGACAAGGGGCUAGUUGAGGCACGUUCACUAAUUUUAGAAACCGAAAUGAGUUCUUCAAGUAGAAGAUGGAUCGUUGCUAUGCUUUUGCUCGUUUGCCUACAAUCACCACUAACAACUGCCUCGCUUUUGGAAUAUAUUUGGCCUGCGCAGGGGGACACGGGUAAGCAAUUGGUAGCAGGAUUAGGUAGGUAAGCUGCUUUCAAUAAUGUCCCUUUCCAGGCGAUCAAUCGACGGCGAUCGAUACUUUUCCGGGAGUACCGUAUGAGCUGAGGAAGAGUUCAUACGGGAAGCAUCGAAAUGGAUCGGAAUGACGCUGUCCAAACUGGAUCUCUGUCAUCAUCGGAUCGUGUUGAAGCUGAAGAAAUCCUGCCACGAACUGAACGGAGAGCAAAUGGGGAAGUUGGCGGUGAUGCUGCUCAACUGUCAGUCCGAUUCCGAGGGCCGGCCUCUGUUUCCAUGCACGGAUGAGAUGUCGUUGCGCCAGUGCAGGGAACGGAUGGAUUCUGAUACGUGGAACGCCUAUCAUCUGAUCACGAACCGUGCCAAAGCAGUAUGUGCGAGCGUACGGCAUGAACAGUUUCGUGGAUUAACGGAGCUCACGGUGAAUAAGUUGAUGAGCACGGCCCACGAGCUGCUGCGGAUGAUGGGUGAGCUAGCGGACAGUCAACAGAAGCUGCAGAGCGUUACUCGGGAAGCUAUCGACGAGAUGGUGGGCAACAACGAGUGCAUUAUGCACCAGCAAGUUGACAUCAUGAAACUGUCCGAGGUGCAUCGGGCAAAGGUCGAGUCCAAUUUCUGCGAACUGGUGCGCGAGAAAAGUUUAAUCCGAGCCGGGCAGCAGGAGGUGGCCGUAUUGUUGACAGAUUUGCGCGCUCGGAUCGAUGGUAGCAUGAGGCAGCUAGAGCAACAGCCCAAGCGCAGCAAGGUAAACCACGAUUCCCUGUUGACCGAUCUAGAGCGUUUGCAGGCAAACGCAGCCGCCAUCGCGACCAAGAUUGAUGAAACCGGGAUUCAUUUUGUCGAGCAUCACCGUGUGGCAGAGCAGCAAUACCGCUACACGUUGGAGCAGUUGUAGCGUAUCAACGCAACCGUUGCUAAUGUGCUACAAUCUUUGGGCAGUGUACGAGACGAUUUCAACCGGCAGCUAGCAUGGUUUGCGGAGAAGAUUAGUGGCGGUGAGAAUGCACUCCAGAAGGCGUACAUCAUCUUACUGCACUUUAGCUUUCUGCUUGUCGGAAUGAUCUGUCUAGCCUUCGUUAGGGCAGAUAAACUGUUGCGUAUUGCACUAAUCGUGGCCGUUCCUUGCAAUAUGAUUGGAGGACUGUUGGAUUUGUUUCAACCGGAUAUUUCGCGGCUGUUCAUUGCGCUGGGUUGUAUAGCCUUCAUAGUUCAUAAUAAAUCCUAGUUUUUUAAAAUUAAAA